UCUGUAGUAAACAAUAUAAUCACGUGCAAAUAGUAAUGAAAAAACAUCUGUCAUGGCCGAAUUCAUGCUUAUCUCUGAUUUCUACUUUCACACUGAAUUUUUUCGCACAAAAUUCUGAGAUCUGUCUAUCAUUUCAUUUUCAUUUACAUAAACAUGCAUACACUGUGUGGUAGUUAUUGUAUGUUGACAAGCGCUUUUCAUCGCCGCUAAUAAACAAAUAAUCGUACGGACUUAGCGUGUUUAUCAAAAAAUGGUCAAAUUUCGUUUGCCGGCAGUGGUGUUGGCCAAACGGCGGUGCUCAACAGCUGAAUUGCGAAAUAAAAAUUUGUGCCAACUAAACAAUAAAUAUUCCUACUAAAUUUAACGUAAUAAAACGCAAUUAUUACAACAACAAAAAGCGCUAGAAAAAAAGAGAGUAAUAGCGGUUGACGCAAUUAGCACGUAAAUUGUUACAAAAAUUUGGCAGUGUUUCAAGGCAAGUGCUUUAACUACGACAAACUCUUCACAAUUUUGUUUGCGUCAAGAGUGGCGCGACUCGUUAUUAACACGCACACAAGUGAUUAAGUGUUAAAGUCGAGUUAGUGUGCGACGUUAAUGGCCGAUGGAAAGGUUAUGUCACCAGCUUCUAUAGGACAUGCAGCUGCUGACUACUUUUCAGUAGCACCAGCAACAGCGGCAAUAACAACAGUAGCACCAACAUCUGCAAUAAUAGCACCAUCAGGAAUGGCCACCAAUGCCAGUGUAGGUGGCGUCAUACAGACCAACAGUGGCGUUGCAGUUUCCACCGUGGGCGGUGCCAGCGCUAUGAGCAUCAUCGGUAGUGGAAGUAUGAGUGGCAGCAAUAUUAAUUUGAAUGUGGCUUCUAUGGCGGCAAGCACUGCGAUGACAGCGGCAGCAGCUGUAACGGGGACAACAGCUGGAGCCGCGUCAGCGGCCAGUGGCAUUGGCGACAAUCAAGGUUAUCACCAGUUGAGUGUGACAAUUGAAGAAGCUUCAUUGCGCAAUAAUGGUUUUCUAAAACCUAAUCCAUACGUUGAAUUGGUAAUCGAUAAUAAAAGUAAACGCAAAACUGAUGUGGUGAAGAAUACUUAUCUACCCAAAUGGAAUGAGAAGUUCACAGUGCUGGUAAUGUUGAUGAAUACAAUAUAUAAGAGUAAAUACAAAAUGCGAUUGACUCAUGCACUCGAGCGCAUACACACACGCAUGCAUGGAAGUUGCGCGCAAAGCUGUCCACUCGUAUAAUGCUAGCGAGCUUGAGUGAGCACGCAGCGAUAGCGAAAUAUUUAGAUAUCUUUGGAAUUGUCCAUUUAGAAUUUACUAAUUAAAUAAGCUUUAGUAAAAUCGGUAAAAUCGGCUUAACUAAGCGAGGACGACGAAUAGCUCGGCUGGUAGCUUGUUGUCAUUCACAAUUAGUGUACUGCUUUCGUUCUCACGACUACCCUUAAUGACCGUUAAAUAUAUCUUUGCGCGAGUUUCGAUUGUUUGACAAAAUUAAGCGCGAUAUACAUAAAUUUGUUUGGUUUAGUUGGCAUUUUAUCAUCGGUAGCCCCAAAACGUAUACCUAGUAUACAAUAAACUGACGCACAGUUGGAUUGUGCGUAGAAAAAGCGAUGUGGUGAACCGUAGAGACCGGAGUGGACUGCUUACGUUCGGAUUUCCUCUUAAACUUCAGCCCCUGCUGACCACGAUUCUACCCAGCUAUUUACAUAGCUUCAUUGGCAUAUCUUUCCCAAUUAUCAAGUUUAUUCCCAAACUAACUAACAAAGCCUAAUCUCUGGGGAAAUAUUUUCGUUCGUUCAUCUUAAUAUCGUUUGGGAAAUGAAUAAAAGAAAUUUUAAUGCACACUACACACAAAGGUGAUACGCGGAUGGUUCAAAAACUGGUUAAUGUAUAGGAGCAGGAAUAUAUAACCCUAAGCUAACGAUUUCUCUAGGGUAUAGGAAAUUGAACAGCCUAGGGCAACACAACACUACAACUGAACUGGGUGCUGGGGCAUUAAGACACACAGGUUAACAGACUGACAAUGGAAGCGACACGGGCAAUAUUCCAGAAUUCUUCCAUGCCAUAGGAUUACAUACAAUAAGAGAAGAGUUGAGAACUCUUAGAAGCCUGAGUUCUCAGAAGUCUGCGAGUUAAGCGUUCUACUCCUCAUUGGAUAAAUCUGGUCAAAGGCUGGCCAAAUUAUUAAAAUUUGUUUAUCCUGAGCCUCCAUGCUAACCCUUGGCAACACAGCACACCCGUUCUUGGACUUUGGGAGUGUUUCAUUAAGAAGAAGAAGGAUAGGCUGAAUGUGUUAGGACCUGGGCCAUACCAAGCUAUCGUAAACUAAUAAUAAAAUAUUAUUUUCGAAAGUGACCAAUACAUAAAGUACUAAACUGAGUGAUCUAAGCAAACGUUUUGUCUAGCGGAGAUUAGAUAAAUUUCAAAACUUAUUGAUUGUAACGUUUCUGUCACUGUUUUCUAGAAACUAAUUAUUUUUAAGCUACAUACAUAUUUCAAUGAAUUAGUAGAUACAAUUUCAGCAUUACUUUAAAACGUCUCAGAACUUUGUUAAUGCAUUGCGAAUUGUGAAAUACGUAUGGAUAUGAUACAUAUCGCACAUUUGCUGCAAGAGUGGCAUAAUCCAUAAAAAUUUAGUAUAGUAUUCAGAAGUGAACGCAACAUUUUCUUCAAUGUUGUUGUGUCCAUAGCUCUACCGAUUACCAGUAGCUCACUAGAACAAAAUAUGUAUCCAUUUUUACUAUGGGAGUAUGUACAUAUAUCUCGAUUUUUUGGAUUAUGACACUCUUGCAAAUGUGUGAUAUGUGGUAUGUAUAGAUAGACAAAUAGCGAUUGCGUUUUAAAUAAUUGCUGAGAAUUUAAAAUUCACUUAACACAGCUGUUUGUUCGUAAAUGGGAAAAUACUGUAUAUUUUUAGCUUUUACUUUAAAAGCGGCUACACUCGUGUUAUAUUACUCACAACCCUGCAAACCAAAGUUCCCGAAAUCUUAACGAAAUCUU